CAGAAGAAGAAAAACCGAGUGGCUUUCCAGGGAGCUGGUCUGUGAAGCCCCUUUCUGCCCCGCGGAGGGGGGCAUCUCCUCCUAGCAGUGCCCAGGUUCUCCAGCGGUUUUCCAGCUGCGCAUUCCAAGUUCCCCCCGCUCCCCUUCCAGGGCUGGCCUCCAUCGCAACCCCCUGAAUGACGUGCCUCCCAUUCAUUGGGAGCUGGGGCCUGGCGGGCCGGCCCAUCGCACAAGGUCUCAAGCGGCAGCGGGGCUCUGGGGGUCGGCGCUGCGCUGCCUCGUCGCCUGCCCGAGCCCCCCGGCAGGGCCCAAACAGGAAGAUGGAGUGUCAAAAAAUUACAAAUUUUGGAAACCAACUUCUUCGUCGGAAAAAUGUGGACUGCACUCGAGAAGACAGUCGCCUCUCACGGUGCCUUAACACGUUUGACUUGGUGGCUCUGGGAGUGGGCAGCACUUUGGGUGCAGGUGUCUAUGUACUGGCUGGAGCUGUGGCACGGGAAAACGCAGGACCUGCCAUCGUUAUCUCCUUCCUGAUUGCCGCCUUGGCUUCAGUGCUGGCCGGACUCUGCUACGCGGAAUUCGGUGCUCGAGUUCCUAAGACAGGAUCAGCUUAUCUCUACAGCUACGUGACUGUGGGUGAGCUGUGGGCCUUCAUCACAGGGUGGAAUCUAAUCCUCUCCUAUGUUAUUGGAACCUCAAGUGUGGCCAGAGCCUGGAGCGCGACAUUUGAUGAAAUCAUAGGGCAGCACAUUGAAAAAUUUUGUAAAAAAUACAUGACGAUGGAUGCUCCUGGAGUGCUAGCAAAAUACCCAGACAUCUUUGCUGUGGUGAUAAUCAUCAUCCUAACAGGCCUUUUAGCUUUUGGCGUGAAAGAAUCUGCCCUGGUGAACAAAGUGUUCACCUGCAUCAAUGUCCUUGUCCUUGGAUUUGUCGUGAUCUCCGGCUUUGUGAAAGGAACUGGUAAAAACUGGAACCUGACUGAACAGGACAUUUACAACAUCAGCCAUAGCAUUUUCAAAGACAAUCAAACACAGGAAAAAAAGCUCUACGGUGUUGGAGGGUUUAUGCCCUACGGAUGGAAAGGAGUCCUCUCAGGGGCAGCCACCUGUUUUUAUGCUUUUGUGGGAUUUGACUGUAUUGCUACUACAGGUGAGGAGGUAAAAAACCCUCAAAAGGCCAUUCCUAUUGGCAUUGUGGCAUCUCUUCUCAUCUGCUUUGUGGCUUAUUUUGGCGUGUCGGCUGCCCUGACACUCAUGAUGCCUUACUACCAGCUGGAUACCAAUAGCCCUUUACCCAAUGCCUUUAAAUAUGUGGGUUGGGAUGGAGCCAAUUACGCAGUGGCUGUUGGUUCCUUGUGUGCACUUUCUACAAGUCUCCUUGGAUCCAUGUUUCCAAUGCCUCGAAUAAUUUAUGCUAUGGCAGAAGAUGGACUUCUGUUUAAAUUUUUGGCUAGAGUCAAUGAGAAGAGAAAAACUCCCUUAAUUGCAACAGUGACAUCAGGAGCUACUGCAGCUGUUAUGGCCUUUCUUUUUGACUUGAAAGAUCUUGUGGACCUCAUGUCCAUCGGGACCCUCCUGGCUUACUCCUUGGUAGCAGCCUGUGUGUUGGUACUGAGGUACCAGCCAGAGCAGCCUAAUUUGGCAUACCAGAUGGCUAGGUCGACAGAGGAGACAGAUAACAACGAGUCUGUGAGUACCAGUGAGUCACAGGCUGGGUUUCUACCAGAGGAAGAGGAGAAAAUUUCCCUCAAAGCCAUACUGUGUUCCACAGAUUCAGAUCCUUCCAAAUUCUCUGGUUCGGUGGUGAAUGUCUCAACCUUCAUCAUUGGUUUCCUUAUUGUGGGUAUCUGUAUCCUGACUUCCCUUGAGCCAAACAUUCUGAUAAACACUGUAGAGAUUAUUGCCGCCAUCCUUGUUGUCACUAUCAUCUUCAUUAUACGGAAACAGCCUGAAAGCAAAACCAAACUCUCCUUUAAGGUACCUUUUUUGCCCUUUCUUCCUGUUGGGAGUAUUUUUGUGAAUGUUUACCUCAUGCUGCAGCUAGACGCAGGCACAUGGAUUCGGUUUGCAAUCUGGAUGCUCAUAGGCUUUAUCAUCUACUUUACCUACGGAAUAUGGCAUAGUGUGGAAGGCAGCUACGCAGCCUCAGCAGAAGCGGAGAGAAACACAGACACUGGCUCAGACAGCUGUAAAUGACUGUGUUUGGCUUACGGGCGACUGAAAGAAUGGCUGCAGUGAAAGAAACUUUGUGGUGGGGAUCCUGAGCCAGAUUACACCUGUGAUCAGUUAUGCAGGAAUAAGGAAGCGGAAUGCAGGCCUCCCCAGCUCGGUUACUGCAGCUUGCAGUUUGUUCAGCAGCACAGUUAAAAGGGACCACAAGAUGAAAAGACACAACUCUGGCAUAUUCCCAGCAGCACUGGCAGCUCAUCUAGGGCAUUUCCCUCUCCUGUUUUAUUUUUUUUUUCCCCAGUGUGUAGAAAAAGAACAGCUUCUGUGUGCAAAUGCUGCUAUGAAACCAGGCCUCACAAAUGUCCUUCUUUCAGUAGCCCUGGGAAUUACCUCCCCACAGAUAUUCUACUCAAUUAUACAUGGAACAGAUUUUGCAGUGCUACUGUCAGGCAUAGACCAGGAUCCAUCCAUCCUUCACCCUCUGAGUACGCACACACAAAAAAAGGUUCUUACCAAACGCUAGAUUUCACCAGGUUAAAGAAGCACCUGCAAGAUUUGCAUUCUUUAAAAUAUCAGGUCUUACCUUUUUUAUUUUAUUUAACUGGGUGUUUUAGCUAGGUGCUCACAUGCUUUAAAGCGUGUCACUGCUGUGAAAUGUUGGGAAGGUUUGUGGUCACUGAUUGUCAGGUGAGUGAUCACUUGCCAGCACACAGGUAACACCAGCAGGUGUUUCUCCUGACUGUACACUCCACAGAGGAAUUGCCAGCUUUAGUCAGGAAAUCAUGUGGUGCAGGUACUGCAAAGACUUGAAAACAAUGGGUUGUCUCCAAAGAGCAAUCCUGCCUCUUUGCCUCAGAAACCACCAGUGGUGUGGCUGUAGUGGUGGGGGUGGCCAGCAGAACUGAGCUAGCUAUGACAGCAAGUGGAGCUCUGUGUUCCUUCUCCCACAUCAGUUUUGUGUGCUGGCUGCCUGGCAUUAGCAACUUGGGUUUGGCAUUGGCGGGUGGAGCACAUUCCUGCCCUGGGAAGGGAAGCACAGGAGCAUCCUCAGAAGCAUGAAUUUCUUACAUGAGCAAUGCCUGGUGUCUGCCCCCUGCCCAGGGGAGGCUGUGGGGCUGUGCAGGGGCUUCUCAGUCCCAGCAGAGGUUGCAGCCCAGAAAACACCAUUAAGCUCUAGGGUCUGACCUGCUGUGGGGAGCUUUCCCUUUGGGGCUGGAGAUCAUCUCCAGAGCCUCCCUGUAAUGAAAGGCAAAAAAUCUGGAGUUGAGACCAGGGUCUUUAUUUGAUUGGCAAUGUCUUGGUUUUGGCUGUGAUUUUGUUGUUUUAAUUCUAAUAGCUUUCCCUAGCCAAAUUAAUCCACUACCCUAAAAAGGCUUAUUAAAGCACCGUGAAGGUGAGCCAUGCCCAAGUAAUGCCACUGGUCUAAAUUAACGCUUCAGCUUGUACUGAAAAACAAAUCAUAGAAUUGUGGAAUAGUUUGAGUUGGAAAGGGACCUUUGAAGAUCAUCUGGUCCCUUACCUGAUAUCAGUAGGGACAUGUUUAACUAGAUCAGGAUUCUCAAAACCCUGUCCAACCUGCUCUUAAACACUUCUGGGGUUGGAGCAUCCCAGAUAGAUAUUGCAGAAAUCCCCUUUUCCGAUGUGAGUGGAUGCUUUCCUAGGUGUCCUUCAUACUACUGCCUCUGAACACUGGACCAUCUUUCAUUUGUUUGUCAGCAUGUCUCUUGCUGAUGAGGGACAGGCUCUUGUACCUGUCAUUGAGUUGGAGAACUUAACAGAUCCCUGCAUGACUUGCCCAGGGUCUCACCAGACAUCUGAUGCAGUAGAAAGGGGAAUCAGACCAUCUUCUGUAUUGCAUGGCUGGAUUGUGGACCAUUUCUUGUGUUUCCAAGAGACUUUAUAGCCUUUCUGCCCACUGAAGGAUGUUAAUCUUUUAAUUGUAGUACAGUGGGAGGCUUUUUCGUGUCAGGAUUAGAAUUUGAGGAGGUGAAGGCAAUGUGUUCAUUGCCUCCUAGGUGCACUCCAGGUUGUGCAAUGAGUGCAGCUUCCCCAUAGAAUGAAGUUGGGGGUCUACUCCAGUCGCCGGGUCUUGACAUCUGCCAAACCUUUGCUCCUUGUGCAUAUACAAAGUCUUAUUCAAGCAGGGAGAGAUGAAUAUAGAAAUUAAAAACUACUAGGUUGAAGUCUAUUUUGUUUAAACCCAGGCAAGGUAAACACACUCCACAGCCUUCCAAAAGGCACUGAAAAUAUGGUGGGAGGGCAAUAAGAUGAAAACUCAGGAUCAAAGUUUUUGUAUUGUACUAAACAUACAAGGAUUUUUUCCUACCUGGCUAGCAGCUUCUGUUCAAUGAAAACAUGAAGCUGGUGUCCUUGCCAAAGCUUCAUCUGCACUGAGCAAACCAGGGUGAAAAAUGGUGAAGAAGCUUUCAGGAGGAUGUCGUCAGGCACAUUCCUGACCUGAGGUGGGGUAUGACCCAGUCCCUUUUUAAUCCUUAUGGCAAAGCCUGAGAGGCUCUGUGGCUGUCAGCAGGAGGGCAGGAUGAAGGGGAUAGGGGAUAGGAUGUUGAAACUGAGUGUACUAGAACAUUGGGGAGUUCAGAUGUUUGCUGAUGAGCCUGAACCACUGGCAGAAAUGUUCCUGUUACCACAUGCUGCAGCAUGACACUUUAAUGGAAGCAUUGCAGACCACAAUCACUGUUGUGGGAGCCCCAGCUAUAUUGGAAGCAUCCCAGAAAAUGAGUCCAUGGAAACUCAUAGCCUGUGAGCCACUGUCAGGUAACACAGCUGACCAACCCAGCUGCCAGGAAGCUAAUGACUAUGUGGCUUCAGUCUUUACCUUAAUGGGGUAACCCUCUAAUGGAGAGGCUUUAUUUCCCAUUCAUCCCAGUUCCUGUGUGCACAGAAAACAGAGCAGGACAUGCUGAUCUGUGUGCGUCAGCCCAUAGGCGCACUGGCGCAUGGAUUUAUUAUCAGGAAUAUAUUACACUUAUCUGUACAUCAUAAUUGAAAUAAUACAAACUCUUCCUGUAAUCAUUAGCCACAUAAUAAACGGAAUCACAGAA